CUGCUUUGCACUCGAAUGAGAAAAGGAAUGGAAAAUAACACAACUCCUGUAGUGGCUGCCGCUGCUGGCAAAAUUUAUAAAAUUCAAAAGCGCGUCGGACGCGGAGUACCAAAAAUUGCCGUUGCCUAUAUCAAAAAAUGUUCAUGUAACCGAGAAAAGACAAUAGUGUUUUGCCGAGCAUGCGGAUACUACUGUAAUGGUCGUAUUCGCCUUAAAUGCGAACAGCAUCCAAGAGUUACAUUUUUACUGGAUAUAUCAGAAUGCCCACGCUGCCACUCUUCUGUGUUUUUAGAUGAAUACUCUGGACAGGUGUAAAAUAUAAGUAUUUUGAUUAUGUACUUUUUAAAGUAAUUCCAAAAUUUAACAUUUUCAGUUUUCUUAAUUUUUAUUUCAUUCAAAUAUUAAUUUGAAUGAUUAAAAAUGUUUCAUUAUUUUAAAUUUUAUAUAUUGUUUUUGUUUGUUUUGUUAAUUACUACUUUCAUGGAUAUUGAUUUCAAUAUUUAUAAGU